AGCACGUUGUUAGUGGGCGCGGCUGGCCAGCCCCGAGGGUGGCGGGGCGGAGGGGGUGGGGGGGACGAGCUUCCGCCUGCACCCCGCAAAUUCCGGCACCCGGAGCCACCCUCGGGCCAGGCCCCUCAGCUGCGUGACCGUGCGCGGCCUCCGAGGAGCUGUCGCCUGGCGUGUGCGGCGGGAAGCGGCGGCGUCCGAAGAGUCUCUGUAGAAGCUGAAAUCCAUCAAUCAUUCUUCAAAAUGCAAUGGAAUGUCCCAAGGACUGUAUUCCGGCUGGCACACAGGACAUGCCUGGAACCACUUAAAGCUGGUCUUUUUGGACAUUGUCAAACCUUAAAAGGAGAGAUAAUUGCACAUAAUACUGAAUGUAGAGUAGUUUUGAUUGCAGGCCCUCAGAAACAGUGGUUGCAUGUUUCUACUGCCCAGUUUGCUGGAACGGAAAGGAAGACAUUCAGUCAUGCACCGCAGCCCGGAGUCCUUCACCGGAAGGCUCGGAAGCAAGAUAUUUUAUCCCGGAGGGUUAUAUCAUCCAAAUCCACAUCCUCAGAAACUUCGGAAAAAAAGGAAGAACUUGAUCCUUUACAAGACACGUCUAUUAGUCUUUAUCAACGAUUUAAGAAGACAUUUAGACAAUAUGGCAAAGUUUUGAUUCCUGUGCAUCUAAUAACCUCUGGAGUUUGGUUUGGGGCAUUUUAUUAUGCAGCCAUAAAAGGAAUGAAUGUUGUUCCUUUCCUUGAACAUCUUGGGUUACCUGACAAUGUGGUGAACAUUCUCAAAAAUUCCCAGAGUGGAAAUGCACUAACUGCGUAUGCUUUGUUUAAGAUUGCAACACCUGCCCGCUACACGGUGACUCUGGGAGGAACCUCCUUCACUGUGAAGUACUUGAGGAAGCAUGGUUACAUAUCAACACCUCCUCCUGUUAAAGAGUAUCUCCAAGACAGGAUGGAGGUGACGAAGGAGCUUCUCACAGAGAAAAUGGAAGAAACUAAGGAUAGACUCACUGAAAAAUUACACGAAACCAAAGGAAAAGUUUCUUUAAAGAAAAAAGUGGAAUAGGGUGCCUUAUAUAACAGGUCAUAGGAAAUGCCUGCAUUUUAUCCCUUUGGAGACUAUGGACAAAGAUACAUGUUCCUGAUUAUCUUUUUUGGUUAGUUACCUAAAUAUACCAGUUCUCUGAGAGUUAUGGAACUGAUACCUUUUAAAAAUUAAAUAUUACUAGAGGGAAAAAAAUCAGUGUUUCUUGAACUUAAAUGAACCCAGUAUAAGAAAUUCCUGUCAGUAGUAAUUAAGCAGUAUUCAGUUUCUUAUACACUGACACUCUUUCAGGUUCUUCAAAAUCAUACUUGUUGCAUUAUGUUUCGUUACAGCUAGAAUUAUGCAUACUAGGCAGUGGAUUCCUUGAAUAACCCACUCAGCCUUAUUUAGGCAGGAUGUUAACACUAGACUUUGUCUAAUGUCUCUUUGUCUUACUUGUUGAAGUUUAACUGUAUUCAGUUCACAGUGCGGAGACAAACUUUUAUAAAUACUGCCUACCUAUGACUAAAAUAAUACAAAACAGUACUUAAUGGUUAUAUGCCAGUUAAAAUACAGACUUUUUAUGAAGAAUGUUGAAUAAAAAUUGAGUUAUGUAAAUAAGAUGUAUUGAUUAUAUGUAAAUGAGGAAAUUGGCUCAAUUUUUAUCUGGUUUGUCAUAAUCAUAUUUUUCAAAGCAAAUAUAUAUUGCCAGUUUUUCUCCUGGGACAUAAAACUGUGCUGUGAAUUGUUUGUAUCUUCUUCAGCUAAUCUUUCAGGGAAAGUGAAAACCUUAAGUUCAUUGUUAGAAAUCAGAUAUUAUUAAGUAGUAUUUUAAAUUUGUAGUUCUCCAACAGGUACAGAGUUAGAAGAUGGAAAAUAACAUUGGGCUGGAGACGUAUGGGAUCAGCUCCAUGAGCCAGCCUCUUCCCAGCUUCUUUCUUUCAGACUUAUUAAUUUCAUUAUCAAGUCAAUUUAAAAAUUGUUCCUGCCACUUCCCCGCCACACACACACACACACAUUGGAGUAUUCUUGCCCAGAGCAUUUUAUUUAAAAUACUAAAAUAGAAAAUCUAUCAUUAAAUUAUCUACGUGGAAUAAAAUUCAGCCAUAGUCAUGUAUGAAAGUCGCUAAGAUCACACAGGUGUUUUAGCUGGUAUGUCUGUUUACUCUGUUUUAACUUGGUUCUAACCCCUGAGGAGCCACGAGCUUGAGUGAACCCGUCAUAAGGCUAGCGGGUGUCUAGAGAGCCUCCGCUAAGAGUCCUGCAGAGAUCACGACAGUUUGGAAGGAUUUUUGUAUAAAUUCACAGUAUGUCCAAACUUAGAUAAUAGCUAAAGGAAAAAAUGUUUACACUUAUUAUAUGUAAUCAUUACAUUGGAAUACUCUCAACUGGAAUCUUUUUGGGUGACCGAGUAGAAUAGUGAGAGCAGGCGAGCUGCCGGUCUGCCAUGGGCGAGAUGAGUUUCUGUUGCAGGUGAGGCAGCUAGUUUCACAACUGACAGCACACUUUAAAUCAAAACACAGUAUGAUUUAUCUGAUGACGUCAUUUGCAGCUUUGAAGAAUUUAAAUGUAAUGAUACUUUUUCCUUGGGGCUUUUUAUUAUUACUAUUUUGCCACUGAGACUAUAUCUGUGCUUAAAAAUCUUUUUUGAAAACUCUAAGAGAAUUUCCUUUUACUUUUUUUUAUAUUGCACAGGGUAUAUUUGCCAGUGUGGGUUCCUAGAAGUCACUAAUAAUCCUGAUACUUAAAUUUGCUUUUCUUGAGUAAUCUACCUUUUAUACAGUUCAUUUGAGUUGUUAGCAUUGAGUCUCAAAUGUUGUUGUUUUUAAGCCAGUUAUAGAAAGUGAGACACUGAUGAGGACUUUAAAUUCUGUAGGGGGAAAAAAAAUCUCUUAAGUUGUGAGAGAUUGUGUUAUUAGUUGGCAUCAGGAAUGACACCUGUCGAAUGUACCACAUUGCUGACUACAAAAAGCUUUUAAAAGGAGGCCUUAUAAUGUGUGGAAUUUGGAAUAGCAGCUAACAGUAUAAUAAUUGUUUCAAAUUUGUUAUCAAGACCAUAAAUAUACAUAGUUUGCUAUGUAUAAUAAAUUAUACUUCAAUUAAAGUAAA